AUGUCGACGGUGUUCUAUCGUUGGGGAGCGGGUCGAAAUGAGCAACGAGUCACAUUCGACGGUACACACAUCUCAGUGUUUGAUCUGAAGAGAGAGAUCAUCUUGGGUAAUAAGAUGGGUAAUGGUAAAGAUUUCGAUAUUGGUGUUUUCGAUAAUGUUACUGGAGAAGAAUUCAAAGAUGAUGAUCAUCAAAUACCGAGAUCGUCUUCUCUCAUAGCACGUAGAUUGCCUUCUUCGGCAAAAGGAAGAGGUAAUGCACAAAAUUACAUAGCUGGAACUUCAGCCGCAGAUUCUCUGACAGGGGAUCAUAGAAUUGAAUCUCAUGCAAGACAGGCGAUGCAGGACAAACAGAAUAAAAUAGGUGGAUUAAGAGGUACAGGAGGCAAUUUCGGUAGUUUAACUAAGAGGUUUGAUGGUAAAGAUGACGCAAAGCCCGGAGAACCUAGCAUACCGAUAUCCACAGGAAACGCAGAAGAAGAUGCUAGGAUUCAAGCUAUGUUGGCUCAGGGUGCGGAGACUUGGGAACAGAUGCAAGAAGACAUGUCAGCCGGAUAUCGAGCUCCGGCAGCUAGGGCUGCAAGAACGAAUAAACCUUCCGGAUCAGCCGUAGCAGCAGCUAGUGCAAAGUAUGACUUUGGCUUACAACAUGAUAAAGAACCUCCGACGGGCUAUAUUUGUUAUCGAUGUGGUAAAAAAGGUCAUUGGAUUGAGAACUGUCCGGAUAACGAAGAUCCAGCGGCGAACGAAAGGAAGAGAUUUGUCAGAGUCACUGGUAUUCCUAGGAGUUUCCUGAAGACCGUCGAAACCCCUGGUGGAGCAGAAGGUUCUAGUGGAGGUGCUAUGUUGACUGCAGAUGGUGGAUUUGUACGUGCUGUACCUGAUCAGCGCCAGUGGCAAAAGCAAGCUGCAGCAAAACCCAGAGCAUUGACUGGAGCAGACGUCCGUGAUGCACAACCAUUAGACGCAUCGAUAACAUGUUCAAUAUGUAAAAAAUUAGUUUGGGAAGCUACCAAAACACCUUGUUGUCAAACUGCUUAUUGUGAAGAAUGUAUCCAAAAUUAUUUGGUUGAACAUGAUUUCGAAUGUCCAACAUGUGAAUCAAAGGUACCAAGUCUAGAUAAAUUGGUUGUUGAUGAUGAAUUGAGGGAAAAGGUCGGUAAAUACGUUGAUGGAGAAGUUGAAAGAAGCAAAGAGGAGAAAUUAGAAGAAGACCAAGCAAAGGCUGAAGCCGAAGGUGAGGGGGAAGGUGAAAAUGUAGUUGAAAAAGGUGAAAAAGGUGCUGAAGAGGAUGAAGAAGGAGCCAUAUCAUCCGAAAAAGUUGAACAUAAUGCAAAGCCGAAUCCACGAUCAAAUGGAAACCUGAACGGGAAUGCACUCAAUAGAAACCAGAUAAUAUGUGCAAAUGGCCAAGCUGUAAACGUUGAUGAUUUAACGCCACAUAUCAUUAACCAAUAUCUGAUCGGGGCCAAGAAAAUGUUGCUUAACCCGUCAUUAUCACCACCUGCCAGACUGAUCCUAAAUCAACAAAUCCAAUUACUUCAAGCGCAAUUGUUGCAAAUGCAAUUGAUGAAUGUCAACGGGAUGGGAAUGAACGUGUCCCUAGGUCAAAUGGGUGGAGCCGGUGGAGGAAAUGGUAUGCAUGCGGCACAAAAUAACUUUAAUGGGAUGAAUGGUAUGAACCCAAAUCAAAAUCAAAACCAACAUCAGAUGAACAUGGGCAUGGGCAUGGGCAUGGGUAUGGGCAUGGUGGAUCAUUUCAACGGAAAUGGAAAUGGUAAUGGAAUGAAUCAGUUUCCCAUGGGAAUGGGUAAUCAAGGAUUCCAACCACCACAACCGCAACAACAAAAUUUCCAUCAACCUCCACAAAUGCCUUUUGGCGGAGGUGGAGGCGGUGGCAUGCCUAAUAGAGGUGGUUUUAGAGGUGGUUUUAGGGGCGGUUUCAGAGGUAGAGGUGGACAUCCACCAAUACCUUCUUUCGCGCAAGGUAGAGUACCUCCUUCUGGUCCUAUCUCAAGAGGCCCAUUAGCGGCGAUGGGUAUGGGUAUCAAUGGCGCAAAAAGAAACGCAGAAGAUGAUAUUGGUGGUGAAGUUAAACAACAAAAAGUCAUGUAG